AUGACCACCACAACUGCGUCCUCCUCAUACCUCCGUUCCACAAAAACACCCGCAGCAUAUGCGCUCUCCUCGCUUGGCCGCCUAACAAUGACCCCGCGCACACCGCUGUCCCCUAGGCUUUCUGCCGCCGACAAGAUGCCAUUCCGCGCGCGAGAGCGGCAAGACAGCACUGCUUCUGCAGCGUCGUCGGCGUCGUCCUCAAUGUCCUCGUCUACGAUAUCGAGUGGCUACAGUAGUUGCACUGAAUAUGACGCGGACGUACCAAGCAAAGAGUGGUCUAGUACGGCGCAGUUUUGA